AUGAGAAUCAUCCUUUUGGUAGUCGGCUACAGCGCGCUGGGAUGGGCCGUUCCCACUGGUGCACCCAUUGCCGAGCAGACGUUUGUUGCGAACGUUCAGCAGCGUGCUCCUUCACCGACGCCGGCUUCCGCCCUCGAUCAACGAGGACUUGGUGAUGAUAUCAAGAGCUACGUAGGGAGUUUGGCCAGCGGCGUAGAGAGCAAGGUAUCUUCCCUUGUAGAAUCAGGUAUCCUCAACUUUCCAAACGGUUUCCCGGCAGGGACUGCGGUGGAAAAGUCGCUCGGCGUGUCGAGCACUGAACUGGAUGUUGAACCCACGCAGGUUCUGAAUUUGCCCUCGUACGGCAACUGGACGGAGAACGGAUGGAGUCUUCGGAUCCACGGGAACGUGUACAAGAUUCCCAAUGUGUCGCAGAGCAAGAUCGACGAUCUCGCAAAUGUCUUCCUGAUCGGGAUGAGUGUCAAAGACCUGAAUGCGACGGAGCAAGCGCAGGCACGGAAUGUCACGAGGUCGAUUUUCGUUGUGCAACAGGGGAAUAGGAACGUGACGAUGAACUUGCGGAACAAUGUUGCGGUGCAGUCUAAUGCCACUGGGGGUGCUAUUAAUGCUAAAGGCGGCGCGCAAACGAUUCAUAUGCCAUAUAACACGACCAUUGAGGGCGACUUUGACUCAUUUGUCGAUCUUCGGAACACGACGGGCUUGAAUGGAGGAUACAUGAUUCCUGGAAACGAAACGUCAAAGAUCCAGACGUUGAAUGUUUAUGCCGAGGGGACAGAUUCGGGAAAUGCCACGGCGUACUUGGUGCCCCGGACGGGGUUGACGGUCGUUUCGGACAUUGACGAUAUUCUGCGCGUGACCAAGAUUUACCAGCCUAAGGAAGGCCUGCUGAAUACGUUUGCUCGACCAUUUACGCCGUGGAUGAACAUGCCGAGCGUCUAUGCCAACUGGUCUUCAUCCAUUAACAAUAUGCACUUUCAUUACCUAACUACAACCCCAGAGCAGGCGACGAGGAAUUACAUGGAAUUUAUAUACCAGACGUACCCCCUUGGAUCGUUUGAUACGAGACCGUUAAACUUUUCAGACGCGUCGGCCACACUGCACAUUCGACGGUUCUUGCUGGACAAGAUCUUUCAGACGUUUCCAAAGCGACGGUUUGUCUUGGUGGCUGAUACCAGCAACCACGAUGUAAUGGUGGCUUACCCGCAGAUGUUCAAAGAUUACCCAGGGCAAGUGGCGUGCAUCUUUCUGCGGAACACUAGCGCCACAGACUCUGGUGAUAAGUUCCCGUAUGACACGUCGGGCUUCAAGGGCAUCCCAAAGGACAACUACAUGUUUUUCAAGGUGCCUGAGGAUCUGGCUCAUCUCGAUGUCGAGAACGGGCGUUGCCUCAACAGCACCAUACCUCAAAAUGUGACAUUUGGGGAACAAGGCCUACCCCUUGGCCUCGGAGACAAGGGCAGCUUGGCUGGUCGGAUCCAGAUCGGAGCUCCAACGGCUUUAUUUGCAACACUUGUAACCAUGACUGCGGCAGCUAUAUUGUAG